AUGGGACGCCCAGAAGACGAAGGCGACCAGUCGGUUGACGUCGACGUCAAGAAUCUGCCUACAGGCAAGGCCGAUGCGGCGCUCGAGUUUCUGCGCGAUGAAGAUAUCGCGGUCGCGACAGAAGUGAAUGAGAAAGCUUUGGUGCGCAAGAUUGACUGGAUGAUCAUGCCGCUGAUGUGGGCGGCGUAUAAUCUGCAAUAUCUAGACAAAGUGCUUAUCAACUAUGCAUCUGUGAUGGGUUUGCUCAGUGAUACCAACAUGCAAACAAAUAAGUUCUCUGAUCUGACGCUGGCCUUUUACGUGACGUAUCUGUUCUUCGAGCUGCCUACCGGUUAUCUGAUGCAACGAUUGCCGACGGCGAAGUAUUUGGGGUUCAAUGUCACUCUUUGGGGUCUCAUGACAACAUUGAACUGCACAGCGAAGAACUUUGGUGGUUUGAUGACGCUCCGUGUGUUGUUGGGUUGCUUCGAGAGCGCAAUAGCGCCAGCAUUGAUUCUCAUCACCUCGAUGUGGUACAAGAAGAACGAACAACCCAACCGCAUGGGCAUCUGGUAUCUCGGCACCGGCACAGCCUCCAUAAUGGGCGCCCUCGUCGCAUACGGCCUCCUCUUCUACACAGACAACCAAUUCAAGUCAUGGCAAAUAAUGUUCCUAAUCUUCGGCCUAAUCACCAUCGCCGUAGGAAUCUGCAUCUUCACCUUCCUCCCCGACAACCCCAUGAGCUCACGCCUAACCCACGCCGAGAAAGUCCUCGCCAUUGAGCGACUUCGCGAGAACCAAACGGGGAUUGAGAACAAGCACUUCAAAUUGCAUCAGGCGGUAGAAGUCUUCCGCGAUCCGCAGACCUAUCUCAUCAUCGUGAUCGUCACAGCGAUGGAUGUCCCAAAUGCAGCAAUCAGCAGCUUCACCUCGCUGAUCAUCAAGAAUAUCGGAUUCACAACCAAACAAACAGAGCUCCUCAAUGUCCCUAACGGUGUCAUCUCCAUUAUCAGCAUUCUUGCUGCUUCAUACUGUGCCGGCCGCUAUAAUCAACGAUGUCUUUGCGUCGCCGCCGCCCUCCUCUGCGGAUUGUUAGGAGGCUGCCUCCUCGCAUUCUCACCGCACGACAUGAAAGGCGCCCAACUGGCGGGAAACUACCUCACCCAGGUCACCGGCUCCGCACUACCGAUAAUGUACUCGCUAGCCGGCGCCAACGUCGCGGGUCACACGAAGAAAGUCACCAUGAACGCGAUCUUGCUCAUGUCUUUCUGUCUGGGUAAUAUUCUCGGUCCGCUUACGUUCCGGACAGAGGACGAGCCGAAUUAUAUUCCGGCAAAGAUUGCGAUUGUGGUCACGAUUGCGGUGGCUAUCGUCUUUGCGAUUUUGUUGAGGACGUAUUAUACAUGGGAGAAUCGGAGGAGGGAUAGGAAUCUUGAGGGCAGAGAGCAUAGGGAGAAUUCCGAGUUCUUGGAUAUGACGGAUCGAGAGAAUCGGGAGUUCAGAGUGAGUCUUUCAAGAUUUUUUUUUUUUAUGAUGAUGUGGUGGGCUUUGACGCUGACUUGCUUUUAG